GUGUUAAUAACUUUUUGAAAAUGACAUCCAAAAAUAAAUUUCGCACAGAUUAUAUUUGUCGUGUACGAUAUCGAAAUACAUUGCCACCAGUGCCCUAUGCACCCAAAAUGCUUACAAUACCUUCUCUUAUCGAGAGACACGUUCCAUAUCAAUCAAACAGUUUAAUAGAGCAAACACCGUAUUCCCUAGUGAUGGAUCAGAGUGCUGCUAUUCCAUUUGAUAAGGCACUUGUUGAUUAUGUUGAUGCAUUGGAAACAAAUCCUGAUGAAGUAUUACGAUUAGUUGAUGAAGUUGCAGAAGAAGACAAAAUACUAUUGACUCCACCACGUGAUGCUCAAAACGGUGCUGGAGCAUCCAGUAGAAAGCCUAAUGUUACCUGGCUUCGUCGUUCUGAAUAUAUUGCACACGAAACACGAGGAGCACCUAGCAGGAAGGAAGGUGUUGAAAACAAAUUUGCAAUGUCUGGUGCAGCUGCAAAGAAACGUAGCUAUGAUACAAUGAAAGAACAGAUCGCAGGCAUCGAAAAUACAUUUAAACCACUGCCUUCAGACUUGAGACAUCCCCAAACCAAAGCAAGGGCCAAAAAGAUUACACCACUCUUACCAGAUAUGGCCUGUUGGGAGAACAUAUACACAGUUGGUCAGUUCAGUAUUGAGCCAGCGGAUGAAGCUAGAAAGGCAAAGAGAAGAGCACUGGCUGCUACAGAGAAUGAAGCUAAAGAUCGCCCAAGGCCCUCAGCUACCGAUGGCACUGACCGUGGUAUUCUCAGACCCAUGGUCAAUCCUCAUGAUCCAACAGACACCUACUUGGUGUGGUUUUUACCUGAUGAAGCAAGUACUACACGAUUGGUUCAACAAAAGGAAGACCCUCUGGCUGGUUUGUCCGAAGAUCCUUUAACCUAUCAUGCCGUGUGUGACUAUGAGUACAGUAAUGACAGUAGUUCAAGUACUAAGCACCUGCUAAUAACUAUGCAUAAUGAUCCUGAUGGCGAAAAGGCUGUUUAUUGUCCAAUUAGAAGCAAGAUGUUCCUUAGAAAGAAGAGAGCACUGAGUGCCAAAUUGAAAUACUUGGAUGACUAUGAAAAGCCAAAUGUGUUGACAGUUACAUAUACAAACUAAAUUAUUCGCACAUAAAAAGACAUUAAUCAGCCUUUACACUUGGUGAUCUUUACUUUAUUGUUUCCAAGUUGACAACAUGUAAUAAUAUAUAAAUGAUCUUCAUCUUUUUGGAGAGAUUUAUAAAAUAAAUAUGGUCAGCACUUCAUAACACAUAGUCUAAUUUUGACUUCUUUUCUUCUUUGGACCAAAAAGUAAGGCCAGCUAUUCCCCGGCUAGUCCUAAGGU